AUGCCCACUCUAAUCCCCCCAACCUACCAUCCCUACCUAGCCAACACUGCGGCACUCAUAGCUUGCGUCCCCACUGCAGUCGGCAUCAUCGGCCUCCGCAACCCCUCCGCCAUCCUCGGAAUCUUCGAAUCCGCGCCUCUCUCCUCCACAGCCACAGCGCAAGACCACAAGCUCCUCGACGGCUUCAUCCGCCUGUUCGCCGCCCGGGACAUCGCGGUGGGAGUCACUACGUUGGCGAUCUGGUAUCAUGGGUGCCGAGGUGGGAAGCGGGAGGGAUAUGCGACGCUAGGGACGGCGAUGUUGGUGGCUGCGGGAUUGGUGGUGAUGGAUGGGUUGGUUAGUCGGUGGGUGAACGGACGGGGGGAGUGGAAGCAUUGGGGUUUCGCGCCGGUGAGUUUGGGGAUCGCGGGGGCGUUAUUGGGGUACAUUUGA